AAAAGAAAAAACUAGGAAACCAUGGCUGAGAAGAACAUCCUCCUGCUGGGCUCCGGAUUCGUGGCCGAGCCGUGCCUCGAGUACCUGCUGCGCAGCGGCAACAACAAGGUGACGGUGGCCUGCCGUCGUCUGGCCAAGGCUGAGGAGCUGACUGCCAAGUACUCGAACACCACGCCGAUCAGCCUUGACGUCGAGGAUGAUGCGGCUCUGGAGCAGGCGGUUGCCGCACACGACCUAACGAUCAGCUUGAUCCCGUACACUCAGCACGCACGGGUGAUGAAGGCGGCGAUCAAGGCCAAGAAGCACGUGGUGACGACCAGCUACAUCUCGCCGGCCAUGGAGGAGCUGGACGCAGCGGCCCGGGAGGCGGGCGUGAUCUGCAUGAACGAGAUCGGGCUUGACCCGGGAAUCGACCACCUGUAUGCGCUCAAGAUCAUCAACGAGGUGCAGGAGCAGGGCGGCAAGAUCACCUCGUUCGAGUCGUUCUGCGGCGGUCUGCCGGCGCCCGAGGACUCGAACAACCCGCUCGGCUACAAGUUCUCGUGGUCGGCGCGCGGGGUGCUUCUGGCGCUGCGCAAUAACGCGCGGUACUGGCAGGACGGCAAACUGGUGGAGAUUAACGGCAAGGAUCUGAUGGACUCGGCCCGGCCAAUCUACAUUUACCCGGCCUUUGCUGUGGUCGGCUACGGCAACCGCGACUCGAGCCACUACCGCCAGCGCUACAACAUCCCCGAGGCCGAGACGUGUGUGCGCGGCACUCUGCGGUACCAGGGCUUCCCUGAGUUUGCCAAGACCCUGGUGAACAUGGGGUUCCUGGACGACGCCCCGCAGGAGUUCCUGAGCGCAUCCAGCUCGGAGCCGCUGCCGUGGAACAAGGUCACCCAGCAGCUGCUGGGACCAAGAUCGACACACAGGAUGCCUGAGGCCCGUCGCCGCGUCAUCCAUGGCAUCAAGUGGCUCGGAAUCACCUCGGCCGAUGUCGCUGCUAGCCGCCGCGGCACGUACCUGGAUGUCCUGUGCGCGCGUCUGGAGGACCUGAUGAUGUAUGGGGAGGGCGAGCGCGACAUGAUCCUGCUGCAGCACAAGUUUGAGGUCGAGAACAAGGACGGCUCGCACAACACCCGCACGUCGGUGACGCUGAUGUACGGCGAGCCCAACGGCUUCACAGCCAUGGCCAAGACUGUCGGCGUGCCGUGCGGCAUUGCCACGCAGCUGAUCCUUGACGGCAAGAUCACCAAGACCGGCGUCAUUGCGCCCAUGACCAAGGACGUCUACGAGCCCAUCAUGCACAUUCUGCCAUCCGAGGGCAUCAACGCUGUCGAGCAAACUCUCUAA